GUGUUAUUUUCAGUUGUCAUUCGAACGAACGUCUAUUCCUGCGCGAUUUUGUCUCCUGUUCUGCUGGCACCAGCGGUGGCAGACUCGCACGAUGGUUGCAACCAGACAGCUUUGUGGAUCCCUCUCAAUGCGAGGCACUAUAUUCACGAGAAGAAAUGAGAUGCGGAUGGCCGGCCAUCGUCACCGUGCUCACGAGAGAUCAAUACGGCGAAGUGGUGCACGUGCCCGGAUUGAAGGUAUUUCUUCUUCUCGGAUAUCUCGCGAUGCGAAGCACGGCAUCGGUGAGUUACGAUAUGUCGAGACGCAAAUCAUUUUGCAGAUUGAAGUCAAAGCGGUGCCGACCGAUAAAACGGAUAUCAUGGAUUCCGAUCAGAGCAGAAAGAUCCGUCGCGUCUCUCAAGCAGACCCUAUGACAUUUGGUGGUCAUCCGCAACCAUCCUUAGAUGUUCCGUACGAAGUGACCAUCAGCAACAAAAUGUGCUUCUACGCCAUCACCAUCAUGAAAGCCUAUCAGAAUUACUCGUUCGAGGAACUGAGAUUCAUGUCACCCGCUGUAAAGAGAGCGAGCGAAAGUAUGCUGGUUAGGCCUAAUGGUGAUGGAAGUUAUAGCGCUACGUGGACACCAUCCACCGUCGGCUGGUAUUCGUUGAUGAUUACAGUUGAUGGUUACAACAUGGAAGAUAAUUACAAAGUCGAGGUGAAGGAACCUCCGCAAGGCAUGCAACCACCCACUCAGAACAUUGUUAAAAAACCUCAGCUUCAACCAAGUAGACUCAGAAAAUUCGUGGCGAAGAAUAGUGCCGGUUUAAGGAUACGAGCUCAUCCAUCGCUGCAAAGCGAACAAAUUGGAUUCGUCUCGGUUAAUGGCACUAUAGCUUUCGUUGAUGAGAUUCAUAACGACGAUGGCGUUUGGUUACGGUUAAACGCAGAGACAAUCAAGGAAUAUUGUAAUAGUAGUCAUCUUGAGGCUUGGUGUUUGCAAUAUAAUCAACAUUUAGGAAAAACUCUGCUUCUCCCUGUAGAAGAACCAAAAUCCAUUUUAGAUCAAGUUAUUAAGGAGACUAUUCUGCGAAAACGUCCUGAAAACGCUAGCGAUGACAAGAGAAAGACGGUGACUUUUGACGCCGGAAGAAGUAUGAUAGUCGUGAAAUGCGGAGCUUCCGGUCAUAAUAUUAGAAGCAAACCGAACCUGAAAAGUGCGCCUGUUGGAAUGUUAGCACUUGGAAAUACGGUGACCGUGCAAGAAUAUUGCGUAAAUCACGAAGGAACUUGGGUACGCAUUGAUGACGAUUCAGUGGCGAAAUAUUGCUUCGAUAAGAAUCGAAGUGUAGAAGCAUGGUCGCUUGCGAUUAAUAAACAAACCAACGUAAUUUAUAUGAAACUUGAGCAAGAUUUAGAGAACGAUCCGAUCGAGAAAAAGCCGAUGAUACCGGACCCAGCUGUUUCUCCGAGCAAUAAAGGUUUUGAUUUUUCCGUGCCUUCUGUUAGUCAUGAAGGCUUCAAUUUUACUACACAAAACUAUACCCCGGAUACAGCGGAAUUCAUUGACAGUUGCAAUACAAAUCCAUUUGUUUUUGGCUCAUACAAUCAACAUGACUCGCCAGGGAGCGAACGUUUCACACCAGAAAAAGCUGAUGGUACUCCAAAGUUCUCAAAACCUCAUUCCAAGGAAAGAGUAGUUAAGGAACGAGAAAGAGAAGGUGGUGGAGGAAAAUUUAGCGUUCUUCAAAAGUGGCUAAGAGGAGAUGAUAAAUGCCAUGGAGAGAAAAGAAGUUCACCGGGCAGAGAUUUCUCUGAAUUUGUGGGCGUAUCUGUGAAGGAGUUAGUAAAAGCGAUGGGAGAAAGCCGCGCGAAUGGCAACGGAGCGACACCGCCGGAAACUCCGCGGCGAACCUCAAGAAGUUCUUCGCCAAAGAAUCCCCAAGGUGGGUCACCAAGAUUUCACAGCCCUUCUUCCAGUCCAGUCCCAAUACCCGUGUCAGGAGGGAUGGUUGACAGUAUAACAUCGCAACGUCGUGGCUCAACGCAGAGCGACACUAGUGCCUUGGUUAGCAGCUUGACGAGAGAUCCAUCACAGUCACCGAGCGGUAUUAGCACUACUGCCAAUACGCGUGAUCUAUCACCGAGUCCAAGUUGCAGUUCUUUACACAUGAGAUCUGAAGGUAGCAUAGCUAGUCCACCCGACACUCCCAAGAAGGAAUGUGCUGAUACGCAAGAAAGUCCGCGCAAAGUGUCUCAAGCGCAAACGCAGACAAGUCCCGAAAGCGCUACCACAGCUAUGAAGGGUCAUUUCAACAUCGGUUCAUCCGGAAUAAAGGACGAGCGACAUUCACCGAAAAUGAACAGGAGAGAUCACAUGAAAGCCGUAAAAACAAGAGCAAAACGUGCUAUGUCACCCGCCAACGCACAGCAAAGUCCCAGUCCUAAUCGUGCUCUAAAUUUAUGUAAAGACAAGGUGAAAGAAGCAAUCAGUCCUUCCGUAGCAGAAUGUCUGAGAGCUGUUUUCGCCGCGUUCUUGUGGCAUGAAGGAAUUGUACAUGACGCCAUGGCUUGCGCGAGUUUUCUCAAGUUCCACCCAAGUUUACCGAAACAGGGUGCGCUAGUGGUAACUAGACAAACUGUCGUGCAAUCCAGCGAUAAGCAGCAACAGGAGCAAAAAGCACGUCAAAGACACUCCGUCGAGGUGACAAAUGCCGGUAAUUAUUUGCAUAUUCAGCCCAGCACGUUGGAGACUCUCACGCGAUCAGCUGCGAACGCUAAUGCCAAUAGGAGUAGGAAAAAACAGGAGAACACGAUCAAGGAAGAAAUUCAGGCGAGUGCGGGCAAACUUAGUUCUCUGCCUGAGUUCCAUACGGUCGCGAUAUUACCACCAGCGUUAAAGAGCUUAGUUUUUUUAUGGGAAGAACUUAGUACUAAUUGUCUGCAAGCUAUCGAACAACAAUCAAUUUUGCCUAGUCCCAUAUCGCAGAUACAAACGAUGAAACUAGUGAAACGACCAAUACCAGAGAAACGUCCUAGAGAGGACAAAAUGAAAGAACGUGAGAAGAAAGGCAGCCGGAAGAAGAAAGAAUGGAAACCCAUUGGCAGAGCGAAUGCAUCUGAGGUUUUAGCUGGAAUUGAACGGGAGACUAUCUGUGAACUUUGUGGUUUAAUGUUUCCACAUCCAGUCACUUAUCAUAUGAAAAUGAUGCAUCCAGGCUGCGGCUGGCACGCGGGCGGAAAAGGAUACAACAGUGGCGGAAACUAUUGCGUGGGGUGGGCAGGCAAUUGCGGUGAUGGUGGGAUCGGUGGUAGCUCGUGGUAUUUAAUCUGCGACACGUGUAGAGAUAAGUAUCUGAAGGCCAGAAAGAAUAAAUUCGCGAAGAAAUUCGUAAGCGGAAUUUCCAAAAGAAAAAAUGGCACGAGCAAAGUUCUGUCUCCGAUUAACAGUCCUGGCGGAAACGAAACUCAUAUAAUUAUGAAGAGCAACGCAAUGUUUUUACUGGAUUUAGCUAGUGCUUCUGGCUUUAAUAUCCCUAAACAGCAAAGACGACCAUCGCAGACUUUAUCGUCUGUAGCUGAGAAUUAUAGCCCUCCUGAGGCCACUGGACCAUUUCCUCCUACUGGACCAUUCCAAUGUUUGCAAGCCUUAGGUGUUCAUCAUUCGCAGAGUCAUGAUGAAAGGUAUUACGAAGAAACUCUGAGACGUGAAAAUGGACAACAAAAUAAUUAUGAGGGAAACAAUAGUGCAUUCAAUAAUACAAACGGCAGGCCAUUGUCAGAAUAUCCAACGAGUGAUAGUGAUAAUGAAAGUAGUAAAAAUCGUAGUACCUUUCAUAGAUCCGUAUCUAUGUCUACCGGUGCACCUUGGGCUAGAAAUAGUAACGACGGCAGAGUCGUUAUGAUGAGAAAACGAAAUAACAGCAGUAGCGAAAUGAAUAACGAAGCGGGUUCUUCGCUUCUAUGUUAUCCAUCCGCUGCACUGCAGAAAUUAGUGCCAUCAAUGGAUCAGUCUGCUAUAGUAUCUACUAGUCAAACCGAAAUAGCGAGUAACGAUCGAAUAGAAAUUCUCAUGAGACCUGUAAUGUUGUUCGUUCUUCAGCAACACAAUCUGCAACAUCUGCAACUUGCGAUGAAGCAAGCGUUACGCCGUGCCGCUUGUCGAGUUUAUGCGAUGCAAGCGUUAAAUUGGCUUUUGAGAAGCGUAACGCAACCAAUUUGUUUGCACGAUUUACUUUGGUGGUUUGUUUCAUCUCUUACACCAGUUGUUGCUUCUGAUAAUACGGAUGCGAAUGAUGAUGACAAUAGAACGGAAAAGAAGGAAGAUCAUGAUAUGAUUGGCGUCAGCGAGCACCCUUUAAGUGAUUUAGUAAUAGCCGGAGAAUCCGUCAAUCCAUUACCUACUGUGUUUCAUACUUUACUGCAAACAAUUGCGGAUUUAAUGUUAUUACCACCACUUGGAUCUCCGUUACAACAAGCUGCGAUUCGUUGCUGGGGUAUUCGAUUUACGGCAGCAGAUCAUAUGUUUUUACAUAGAAGUCACGUAUUUAGUAACAUCAGUAAAAUCCUAUCGCGAUCCGAGGAAGAAGAAGAUGUAACAAUGAGUAUGCACGAGAGUCAUCAAUCAACAAUUUCACAACAAAUGAGUAGUUGGGUGGAAGCUUUGAAAGAUUUAACUUCCAAUAUUGAGAUCAAAGCCUCUAGUAGACAAGCCAUGAUUGGUAGUCUAACAGACAAUUCCACAGAAACAUUUUGGGAAUCUGGAGAUGAAGAUCGUAAUAAAACUAAAGUGAUUACAAUCCUCUGUGGCGCACAUUCCUUACCUAGAAUGUUAUAUGUACACAUAGAUAAUUGCCGUGAUUUAACACACAAAGUGUCAAGUGUAACUUUCUUAUCUGGUAUCAACGCCGAUGAGAUGAUAAAACUAAGAUAUGUAGAGAUCGAAAGUAGAUCAGCUGGCUGGAUUAAUUGCCCAAUCACUGAUCAACGUCAUAUAGUUGUGGGUAUGGAACUAAAGGGCCCAGAUAAUUCUUUGCGAGUUCGUCAAAUCAGAUUGCUGGGCGAGGUCGAAGGAGGAUCUCUGAAAAUAGGAAAACAGCUAAGUGCACAGACUAUCCAACAAAGAAAUUGCGAGGCAGAAACUUUGAAAGUGUUUCGACUAAUCACGUCUCAGGUAUUUGGGAAACUUAUACAAGGAGAAAAGCAACAACAGAUGGAAUCGACAGAAGGUACUAAUGAGGAUUUAGAGGACAGUAACGAUCUCCGAGAACAUAUGGUUGGCAUAUUGUUCAGCAGAAGCAAUUUAACGCACUUACAAAAACAAGUAUGCACUCAUAUUGUGCAAGCGAUUAGAAAGGAGACUAUACGCUUGAGAGAAGAAUGGGAGACACUUUUAUGUUCGCCGACACCUGCUAACAGCGUAUUAAGCGACAAUAGUGAUCUUCCAAAAGCGGCCGAUACUUAUUGCUUCGAAAUGCUUUCUAUGGUUCUUGCUCUAAGUGGUAGUUCUGUAGGACAAUAUUAUUUAUCGCAUCAAACCGGAUUAUUAAAAGAUCUAUUGAGUUUAUUGCAUACCGGAUCAGCAAGAGUGCAACGUCAAGUAACAUCUCUUCUACGACGAAUAUUGCCUGAAAUUAAACCCGAAACACUAGCGAACGUUAUAAACGUCGAACGACUACCGCCUACUGAUUUCAGUAUCGUAUCCGCUGCGAACAGCGGCUUUACUCAUGUUUUAGAUUUUAACGAACAUUCCGCCGGAAUUCUCGAUGUAUUUUUAAGCUGUAUUGCAAAAGCAUUGACCGUGCAAGUCAAAGUGAAAGGAAAAGAAAACAAUGGCAAAGCGCUUCAAACCGUUUCAUUAGCUACUAGCAUCCAUCCGAAAAGUUAUGUUGGAACGAGAUGGUGGUUAAGGGGUUGCAUGACGCGUAAGCUGGCAGAAGUAAUAAUUCAACUUUUGAAGGAUAUGGCAUCGGAUAAAUUAUCUGAGGAAUGGGCAUCUGUAACGAAAGCAGCUAUAGCAGAAAAUAUCCUAAACUUAACUAGACUGGACGAGAAGAGCCGCGAUUCUACAGAAUGCCUUCGAUCUCCAACGCUAUGGUUAGCACUGGCUUCUUUAUGCGUUUUGAAUUCGGAACAUGUAGAAAGACUAUCAUCUGGUCAAUGGAGCGGUUCUGAAGGACAGCAAUUGCCACCAAGACCGACAUGUAGUAAUCACGAUGAUGACGAAACUACGGCUAUUAUUCAAUGUAAUGUUUGUGGUAAUUUAUGCGCGGAAUGCGAUAGAAUUUUACAUCUUCAUAGAAAAACGAGAACGCAUCUUAGACAAGUAUGUAAGGAAGAAGAAGAAGCGAUACGAGUAGAUCUUCAUGAAGGUUGUGGCAGAACAAAGCUAUUCUGGAUUUUGGCUUUGGCAGACAGUAGAACAUUGAAGGCAUUGGUAGAAUUUCGUGACGGCGCGCCGAGAAAACCGGUUGGCGCCACUACUGGUAUUUGUAGAUUUUGCGGUACUACGGGAAAUACAGGUUUGCUAGCAAUAGGCAAUAUUUGCGCUGAUCAUGAUUGUCAGGAACACGCUAAAAAUGCGUGUAACAUGAUUCAUUCUUGCGGCCACAUUUGUGGAGGUGUUAGGAAUGAGAGAACUUGCUUGCCCUGCCUUCAUCGUUGCGUAUCUGGGACGGAUUUGAAACAGGACGCUGAUGACAUGUGCAUGAUUUGCUUCACCGAGGCCCUGUCUUGCGCACCAGCGAUUCAGUUGCAGUGCGGCCAUGUAUUCCAUCUACAUUGUUGUCGACAUGUCCUGAUGAAGCGUUGGGUGGGACCACGAAUUACGUUUGGUUUCUCUUUGUGUCCGAUCUGUAAAAUACCGAUGGAUCAUCCGACAUUGUCCGAGCAAUUGGCAAGUGUCAAAGAGCUAUACGAAGACGUACGAAGGAAGGCGCUAAUGCGCUUGGAAUACGAAGGCUUACACAAAGCCGAAGGAACUUUUGCACCAGGCGGUCGUUAUCAAGACCCUGCUGCUUACGCAAUGGAACGAUACGCGUAUUAUGUGUGUUACAAAUGCCAGAAGGCUUAUUAUGGUGGUGAGGCACGUUGCGAUGCGCAAUUAGGCGGAGAAUCGUUCGACCCUGCUGAACUAGUAUGUGGCGGUUGUAGUGACGUAGCAAGGGCACAAAUGUGCCCGAAGCAUGGAGCAGACUUUCUUGAGUAUAAAUGCCGAUAUUGCUGUUCGGUGGCGGUAUUCUUCUGCUUCGGAACAACACAUUUCUGCAAGCCUUGCCACGAUGAUUUCCAACGUGUUACUACUAUCCCGAAGAGUGAGCUGCCUAUGUGUCCUGCUGGUCCUAAGGCUAAACAACUGGAAGGAGAUGAAUGUCCAUUGCAUGUAAAGCAUCCAUCGACGGGAGAAGAAUUUGCUCUAGGUUGCGGAAUUUGCCGCAACGCGCACACAUUCUAAGCUUCCAGUGCUGUUUUGUGAUUUUUAUGAAAUAUGGAAUUGAUGCAGAUUAGAGUAGGAUAUGAGAAUGAGAUACAUCAUUUAAUGCGCAAUGAUAAGUUUGCGAUGCAAGAGGGUAUAUCUGUGUUAAGUAAUGGAUAAGCCGUUUCUAUCGCUAAAUUUAGUAAUUAAUUAUUGACGGUAGACAGAGCGCAUAAGCUUGUGUAUCAAACUUUCACAAGCAAAUCA